AUCUUUCUUCUCCAUACAUUUUUUUGAUUAUUCCCAAAACAAGACAGCAAAACAAUGAAAUCAAGUACAGAAUUCGCCGUUGCCGAGAAUGGCCGUUUUUUGGGAAGCAUUUCGACUUCUUCGCUUCUGAAUUUGCUUCCAAAAUCAAAGCUUAAGAAAAUCAUCAAGAAGCCCAACUCUGAAAACACUCCUCCACAAGAUCCAAACAUUAUUCAAGGGAAUAACUCUGCCCAAUUCUCCCUUAAAUAUCCACUCUCCAAAUCUCUUACUUCUGGCUCCUUCGUCAACCCAUCUGACGGUCAUACUGGAAUCCCGCUUCCCACGGACUCUUCCAUCAAGAAAGAGAUCGUUGAAUCCGAAGAACAGAAUAGAGAAUUGACGACUUUAGAUCCAUUCGUCAAGGUGGUAGUGAGAAUUAGACCCAUAAAUGGUCAAACAAAAGAAGUGAAUCGAACAGUGAGGAAGGUUUCUUCAGAUUCUUUAUCAGUUGGUGACCGCAAAUUCACAUUCGAUUCCGUUCUUGAUACGAAUUCCAGUCAGGAGGACGUUUUUCGUCAAAUUGGUGUUCCUUUGGUAAAGAAUGCAUUAUCUGGUUACAACGCUUCAAUUUUGUCAUACGGACAGACUGGAAGUGGAAAGACUUAUACAAUGUGGGGUCCACCAAGUGCCAUGGUUGAGGAUCCAUCACCCAGAAGCCACCAGGGGAUUGUCCCUCGUUUCUUCCAAAUGCUGUUCUCUGAGAUUCAAAGAGAACAAGAGAACUCUGAUGGAAAACAGACAAAUUAUCAGUGUCGUUGUUCUUUUCUUGAGAUUUACAAUGAACAAAUUGGGGACUUACUUGAUCCAACUCAAAGGAACCUUGAGAUAAAGGAUGAUCCCAAGAAUGGAGUGUAUGUUGAGAAUUUAACUGAAGAAUACGUUACUAGCUAUGAGGAUGUAACUCAAAUUUUGAUUAAGGGGCUUUCUAGUAGGAAGGUUGGAGCAACAACUGUAAAUUCUAAGAGUUCUCGGUCUCACAUUGUGUUCACUUUCGUCAUUGAAUCUUGGUGCAAGGAAGCUUCUUCAAAAUGUUUUGGCAGUUCAAAAACAAGUAGAAUCAGCUUGAUUGACCUUGCUGGACUGGAUAGAAACAAGCUUGAAGAUGUGAGCAGACAACAUGUACAGGAAGACAAAAAUGUCAAGAAGUCCCUAUCACAGCUCGGAUAUUUGGUGAACACUCUUGCAAAAGAAACUCAACCUGAAAAACCUGAAGAUGUUCCAUAUAGAGGUUCCUCUUUAACACGUAUACUGAAAGAAUCCCUCGGUGGUAAUGCCAAACUCACGGUCAUUUGCAACAUUUCUGCAGACAACAGAAAUAGUAGUGAAAUAUUGAGCACUCUCAGAUUUGGGCAAAGGAUUAAAUUCAUAAGAAACGAGCCAGUAAUAAAUGAAAUAUCUGAAGAUCAUGUCAAUGGCUUGAGUGAUCAGAUUCGUCAACUGAAGGAAGAGCUUAUAAGAGCAAAGUCUGACACAUAUAACUCAGUUGGUGGUAAAACUGGAUAUGUUAAUGGGUGGAAUGCACGCGAAAGCUUGAACCAGUUAAGAGUAAGUCUUAACCGCUCUUUGAUCCUUCCACGCAUAGAUAACGACAUCGAGGAAGUGCUUAAUAUCAGGGAGGAAGAUAUAAAGGAACUAUGUCUGCACCUUGAUUAUUUGCAUAGUUCUACUGAUACAAACUUAAGAGAUCCAUCUGACAAGAGAUGUUCCAUUCAGUCUUCUUCUGUAAGAGAAAGUUGUGAGACGGACUUGCUGAGUGAAGAUGACAUUCAUUGCCCAAAAGAAACGGAGAUCAAAGAAAUUGAUGUAGAGGAACUCCCUCCCAUGGUGAUUCCUGCAUCAACUGAUGACCUUUCAAGUACAUCAAAAACCUUGAAGGCUGUUGAUCCUUCAAUUAGAAAUAGCAUCUCCAUUAACCCACACAGUCGGUCUUCAAAUCUUGAAGAGCCUACUUUGUCAGAGUCUCCUAAAAUUGAAAAUAAUCUAAGGAAAAGCAUGGCUGUCCCAUCUUCACUUUUGGCCAGUCAGAACAAUGUAUCAGAGAAUUCAGAGUCAGAGGCAUUAUUACCGUCGCUCAAAGCCAGUGAGCACAUCAAGUCCUCAUUACGAGCAAGCAAGACGUUUUUAGGACCUACAGAGUCCUUGGCUGCUAGCCUUCAAAGAGGCCUGCAGAUUAUUGAUAAUCACCAGCAUGGUUCAGCUUCCAACAUAUCUUCAGUUGCAUUCUCUUUCGAACACUUGAUGCUGAAACCUUGGCCAGAAGCAGACAAGGCCAAUGCUUCUGUUCAAACAUUACCAAAUGAUAAACCAUCUUCAGAUGGUUCUUCUACUCCUUUGCUUUGUUCAUCUUGCCAGAAGAAGUUUGACAAUAACAACCCAGAGGGGGUUCAGGAUGGCUUGAAGACAUGGAUUGUAACAGUUGAUAACCAACAGAGAGAUGGCGAGAACUCAGCUGUUACAAGGGAUUUGGAAGAAGCCGCCAAAAGUGAGAAAACACUAGAAAGUAUUUGUAGGGAGCAAGCAGCCAAAAUUGAAGAGUUAAACCAUCUGGUAGAACAAUACAAACUUGAGAGAGAAAUUUCUGCAAUUGAACAUGCUCCUGAGCAUUCGAAGAAUGAAAUAAUACCAUUUGAGCAGUCCAACAAUGGAGGAAAUGGAAAAGAAUAUUUUGAUAUGAGUGAAAAGGAAGCACUUAUUCAAGAAAUUCAAACAUUGAAGAGCAAAUUGCAAUCAUAUGCUGCACCAUCUCCAAACAUGUCUUCUGAAAAACUGAGAUCCUCUUUGUUGUCACGUUCCAUCCAAUUGCGAAAAAGUUUAGACUGUCGAAAUAACAGUGAGGAAGAACUUGAGAGGGAAAGACAGAGAUGGAUGGAAAUGGAAAGUGAUUGGAUAUCAUUGACUGAUGAACUUAGGAUGGACCUUGAAUCCAUUCGCUGCCGUGCUGAGAAAGCAGAGAUGGAACUGAAACUAGAGAAGAAGUGCACCGAGGAGUUAGAUGAUGCUCUUAGCAGAUCUGUCCUUUGUCAUGCUAGAAUGGUUGAACAUUAUGCUGACCUUCAAGAAAAAUACAAUGAUCUUGUUAGGAAGCACCGGGCAAUAAUGGAAGGCAUAGCAGAGGUAAAGAAGGCAGCGGAAAAGGCAGGGAGCAAAGGUCAUGGUGCACGAUUUGCCAAAUCCCUGGCUACUGAGCUCUCUGCUCUUAGAGUGGAAAGGGAAAGAGAGAAAGAACAAUUGAAAAAAGAGAACAAAAGCCUUAAAAUCCAACUAAGAGACACAGCAGAGGCUGUUCAUGCUGCUGGUGAACUCCUUGUUAGGCUGAGAGAAGCUGAGCAAGCUGCCUCAAUUGCAGAGGAGAACUUUGGAAAUGUUCAACAAGAAAAUGAAAAGUUAAAGAAGCAAGUGGAGAAGCUGAAAAGAAAACACAAGAUGGAAAUGGUUACCAUGAAACAGUACCUUGCAGAGAGCAGAUUGCCAGAAUCUGCACUGCAACCAUUAUAUCGAGAGGAUUCGGAUGUAACAACGAACAACAGCAGUGCAGUUCCGUAUGAUGAUCAGGCAUGGAGAGCAGAAUUUGGAGCAAUAUAUCAAGAACAUUACUAAUUCGUCCAAAGAAUUCAGCCGCUAACAUUGGUCAAAAUGAAGAUAUGAUCAUCAUCAUAACCUAUGUUAUUAGAACGUUGGGUGUCAGAUACGAGUAUGUAUCUUACACGAUUAUGUCUUUCUAUGUUCUUGUAUUGUAUGUCCUAUUUCCCUAUGUCUCUUC